AUGGAUGUCGAUGUGGAUGCGACCAAGCUCGCCGAGCUGCCGCGCCGCGAGCUGCAGGCAUUGGCCAAGGCGCGAGGCAUCAAAGCCAACGGUAAGACCACAGUUUUAAUUGAAUCCCUUCGGACCUGGUUCCUAGAGCAUGCCGAAACCUCGACGGAGGUCUCAAGCGAGGCCGAGACGGACGAAGCGCGAGCGGGUGAUCCCUUGACUGCCGCAAGCCCAACAGCCUUGAACGCCGUGGAUGCAGCCAGCAAGGUUCUAUCCAACACGCCCAGUAUCAAUGAGGCAUCUGAUGCAGUCACAUCGCUUGAGUCAAGCCUGGGCCAACAUCAUGAUGCGCAAGCCCAAGCCCAGGUAACCCAGGAGCUCAGCCAGGGGUCACAGGACCAGCUUUCCGACUCGCCCCCGCGUGUAUUUUGCGUGGUCCACGGCGCCAUUUGUGGCGGCGAGGGUGCAAUGCAGCUUCAGUUGCGAGGGGGUCGCGUCUUUCUGGGUAUCACACAGCAACGUUUUGUCUUGACACCAACGGCGUCUGCACCCGAAGGCCAGGCCGACAACCAACUGUGCCACACCUGCGUGGUCGCCAACGCACAGGCUCUGGAGCAACCGGAGAGCGUCGAGUGUCGUACACCAGACACGCGGCCUUUGCAAGCGGCACCCAAAAGUCGCCAGUCAUCGCGUCGUGAAACCAUGGUGUUGCCGCAGAGCAACCUGCGUCUCUUGGCGCUUCCAUGCAUUGAUGAGCAUGUAGUACCCCUGACCUGCCCGUCGCCUGGCAGACACACCGCGCCUGGAUCAGCCACCCGGCUACCUCGUCCAGCGAGGAGUGAGCGCCGCCAAGAGCGCGAGGCUGCCGCUCGUCGCGUUGCGCGCCCUCUCACGUCAGCCGCUGUUGGAUCCGCGCAGCGGCGGGCCGAAGAUCGACAGAAUCGCCGGCGCGAGCGCAGCGUGCAACGUCUCACCGCCAGUGCACAAAAGCGUGACGUUCGUCUUCAACCGCGUGGCCAAGAGAAUCGCCCUCGCCCCAACAUUGUGCAGCGCUCGUCGGCCGCCACACUGGCCUGCUCUGGCCCCGUGCCAGUGAGUCCCGAGGUCCGCAAGCAGCGUGGCGAAGAUUUGCGCCCGAGCUCGGUUAAGAAGGCCUACAUGCCACGGAAGCAACACCUCUGCAUGCAAGAGGACGCAGCCACCGUUGCCCAUCUCCAGGCGAUUGAAUCUCAGGGCUUGACAGAUGAAGAAGCAUGGCUGCUGGCGUCCACCUCACGCAGCCGUCUCGUGCACAGCCCUCCCCGCCGGCCCAUGCUCGGCUGA